CGGAGUCGCUGUAUAAAACCUCCUCGUCCCCUCCCCUCUACCUCGCUAGGGUUUCGAGAGGAGGACGAAGCACGUCGCCGUCGACAAAUCCCGAUCCAAAAUGCCGAAGCAGAUCCAUGAGAUCAAGGAUUUCCUCCUGACGGCGAGGAGGAAAGAUGCGCGGUCGGUGAAGAUCAAGCGCGGCAAGGAUGUCGUCAAGUUCAAGGUGCGAUGCGCCAAGUACCUUUACACGCUGUGCGUCUUCGACUCGGAGAAGGCCGACAAGUUGAAGCAAUCUCUCCCUCCAGGUUUAAGUGUCCAGGAGGUGUGAAAGCUUUUAAUCAUGUUCUAGAUUUGCUUAUUAAUCGGUCGAUGGAUGUUUAGUCUUCUUUUUUGCCCCUUUUUACCCCUUAUUCUGGAUGCCAGAUGAUGAGACUUUUUUUUGUUUCUUUCCGGGUGAUAACUAAGAAAGAUCUUUGCUAUGAUUCUUAUAUGAUUUCAUUUCUGGUAUUGAUUUAUUGGAACUUUUGAUUGGUGUGUUGGUGGGAUUAGCCUGAUGAUCCACUACUUGCCCAUUUUAUUGUUCUGAA